UGCUAAUAUUCUAGAUUUAGCUGUGAUUUCGGGAAAAGAAGGUCAGCCGACGGACUAUGGAAAACUUACUCACGUAAAUAUUUCAAAGGAAGAGCUUCAUCAGCAAGCUUCAUUCGCUUGACUUUUAUGGAGGAACGUGCUUCUCUUAAUUUUUUUGAGUUUUAAAGUCGGACGAUUGUUUGGUACACUUGUAUUUUACAUUCAUCUCACUCGUUCACCGGUACCGGUACCGCAGCUCAGCGCUGUCGUUAUAGUUCAGUGGCUAUACUGUGCUUGUGCAGUCGCCUGAUCCCAGAGCUAGCCGCCUACUGUGUGUUGGGAGUUCCCACGGUCGCGGUCAGCUGUUCAUCGUCAUUGCUUGCUUCGCAUUACAGAAACCCGUGUGCAAGUAUUGCACUUCGCUUGAAUAAAGUGAGUUUUCUUCAGCGAAGAAGUCAUUCAAAUACACCAAGAUGAGGGAGUAUAAAGUUGUUGUUUUAGGAAGCGGAGGAGUGGGCAAAAGUGCCCUGACAGUACAGUUCGUCUCGGGAAAUUUUGUGGAGAAAUACGACCCUACAAUCGAGGAUUUCUAUCGCAAAGCCAUCGAAGUUGAAAACACCAUGGCGAUCUUAGAAAUUUUGGAUACGGCAGGUACGGAACAGUUUGCGUCAAUGCGGGAUUUAUACAUCAGAAACGGGCAAGGUUUUGUAGUAGUUUACAGCGUAACGAGCAAACAAUCCUUUGGAGAUGUUCUCAAUAUUCGUGAGCAGAUUGUAAGAGUUAAAGGAACUGACCGAGUCCCGAUGGUACUUGUUGGGAAUAAAGCAGAUUUGGAGCACGAGCGGCAGGUACCCACCAGUGAAGGAAUGAUCCUCGCCAACCGUUGGGGCGUGCCCUUCUACGAGAGCUCCGCUAAGAGCACGCAGAAUGUGAACGAUGUAUUCGCCGAUUGUGUGGUAGAAAUCAUGCAUAUAUUGGCGCCACACAAGCAAGUCAGCGGGGGUUGCUGCUCCAAGUGUGUGUUAUUGUGAUUUCUUACUUAUCUACAUUAGUCUUCCAAAAGAGUCACACCCAUGGAUUUCCUGAUGCAAACAAAAUGCAACUCAAAAAACAUCGAAGCCAAGAAAGAUGCCAUCAUCAUCACCAUGGUAACAUGCCAACCUCCGGUCAACAUCCUCCACCAGUCAUCUCAUCAGUCAAUCCAUCCAUCCGUUUCAACCCUUCUGUCCAUCCGUGAAACCAUCACCCUUUGACGUCCAAGAAGGAUGCAAGAUGCAGCGGGUCGUGAAUGAUCAUGACGAUUGUGAGUGGCGAGUAUUCCUGGGGACGCUGGGGGAUUUGAGAGAUUGUGAUCAAUUCUUAGACAUGUUCCUCCACUCAGGAUCUCAGGGGUGCAGGAUGAGAGAUGUGGCACCGGUCUGAAGAGGCGAUGAUCGGAUAGUGGCCUCUCGUAGCUUGUGGACAUCAUGUGACCAUUGAGGCAGGCAGCGAAGAAAGCAAUGGACGGAAAGCCUUAUGGAAAUGAAUUGUGGGGUGUGUGAACUAAUACUUAGCAUUUUGAAACUAUAUCAAAUGUAUUUAAUCUAGACAAAAAACAAAGACAACAUAAUGUGAUGAUUAUUAGAAGAUGGAGAGCUGCAUUUGUAACUCAUUAAUCCAAAAUGGCAGGAAGAAUCCUAUGACCCCCAUUAAAUGUUGUACAAUAUCUCUCUAGAUCGAUGAAGAGAGACAAAAUAAUGAAUCAUGCUUGGAAAUUUGGAAACUGGAAAACGGAUUUAUUGCAAAUAAAAAAUGUUAUCUCGAGGAUGAAAGAUUGGUUUAUUUUAAUGGAUACAGGUUUAAUUUAAAUGCAAUGAAUCUCUAUAAUAUACAAGUAAAUUGCAGUUUUCAUAAUACGAAUAACUUGGCUGGAUUCAGCGCUAGAUUCAACUGCACAGUGAUUACUCAACGAUUGCCAAACUCUUUGUAUGUCACCUCUCUCUCUCUCUCUAUAAUGCAUACUGCAUGGAUCAAACGGUGCACUCGCUCUCUACACUGAAAGCAUUGUUUACAUCCAAGGGCACUUUUUGCAAGAAAGCUUUCAUUUUUUUUAAUUAUUGAUGUCUGGAAAUGUUUUUUUCGGAAUCAGAAUGCAUCAACCACCCAGUAAAAAGAAAUGCUGCUUUCCGUGUGCUUUUUCCUCUGAGGAUAAAUACAAGCAACUCAACAACAUUCGCUAGCAGGAUAUAUAUGCCUUGGAAUCCGUCAUCGCUAUAAUCAUCAGGAUAUUGUCAGCAUCGCUUUCAAGAUGUCUUCGAUUUUAAGUUUUUGUUUUUUUGCUGAACAUUCUUUUUUAUAAACAUGCUGAAGUGUGGGUCUUUGCAUGUGUAUUUCUCUCAUUGUCUUGUUUGUUAUCGGCUUUUAUGUGUUUUUACUUUUUUAUGUUUUUAUGUUGCUGUAUGUGUGUGUGUCGAUAUGUUUUUGUUUUGGCACUUGUAUAAUAUUUUAUGAAAGAGCCCUAUUGUAAUUCUCUCUUUGAUAUGUGUAUGAUGCAGCACAGACCAUGUCAAGGCAUUUCUAUGAUUUCUAGUAAGAUCAAUCUUAUCCUGUAAAGCUUGAAACUUUCAUGAAUUUUUAAAACUGUCGCAAAUUGCGCAAGUUUAGAUUGAUUUCAAUUGUGAUUUUAUUAUUUUGCCGCAUGAAUCUUAGCCAAUCGCAAAAUUCGCAAAGAUGUCAUGCACCUGAAUGUUUCUGGCUUUACAAUUACGGUAAUAUCUCUUAAGAAGUCAAGAAUCAAUCAAUCUUAAGAUUGUAAGGUAAUUAUGGAGUAAAUAUGGCUUCCCCUGUAUUUUUACUUUUUUUCAUUUUGUAAAUGUCAAUUUUAUAAUCCUAUAAUAUCACUAAUGCUAAACCUGUCCCAAUUUUCUUCAGGACUGUCCUUUUCCUAACCUCUAUCCAUUAAUGAUGGAAAUGUGUGUGUUCAAUCUACCAGGGUUUUGAUGGACGGAUAUUAAUUUUUAGAGCUCCAAGGGAGAGGCAACGUCGUGACGCCAUUAAAAAUGCAACCCCCAAUAACGCUCUCCAAUGGGCCAGCAAAGAUGGACGAUGAAAUAUGAACAAGAAGUUUUGUUUCAUUUAUCAAUACCUAGUCAACCAUGUAAUACCCUAUGAUUGGUACGAGACAAAAGGUUUGACGGUGUCUUUGUUUGAAGGUAUUCUUCACAUCUUGUCUCUUUGUCUUGGGAAAUGCUGUGUCCUUGUAAAAGAUCUCAUUAGUGCAGUAAUUCAUGGCUGAAUAGAACUCAAUGUCACCAUGUAUUGUUGUGGAUCCCUCGCUCCUUUUCAUUCAAGUCAUAUCAUUAUCUAGUGCUCAUUGCGGAAGCUAAUAGUCAGGUGGCAAAAUUGGGUAGUUUGAUUGGUUGCAAGAAAUAGUGAUAGUGUAACAUAUAAAAUUCAGGCUUAAUUCAUUCUAGUAUUAAACCAUGAUAAUUAGAACUGUUGUGGGUAACUGGGUGGAAAGGGGCAAUUUUAUACCGAAUUAAAAAAAAAAAUCUUCUUUAAAAUGUUCAUGUAGGUAGAUCAAUUUAAAGUUCAUUAUGAAUUUAUAUUUUCAUAAACCAGGUCUUGUGUGUAUGUACAAAAUAUAUGCACGCGUCUGAGGGUAAACACACACAUUGUACGUUGAGGGCCAAAAGGGCAUUCAAACUUUGUUAAAGCAGAUAGGAUUUAUACAGCCAUUUUGACUCUAAAACAGAGGAAACACUUCUUCUGGUGGAUUAGCAAUAUGGCAUUAUAUUUCAGUUGACAGAGAAAGGAUUUAAAAUUUAACGAGUCGGAUAUGAGAUCCAUUGUAGGUUACAGCUGUCUUUUUAUCCCUGUAUUGAACGAAAAGGAUUUAACCUCAAACCCCCAAUGAUAUGAACAGAAAAUUGAAAAGAUUGGAUUUUCUCUCCAAAGCCAUGCUGAUAUGAACAGAAUAUAGGAUUAUUGUAUUGAUGGUGAGAUAGAUUGACUCUGUAUGUCACUCGUAUUCAUCAAUCUAUCAACAACUGAUCAUUGCCUGGCUGAAGGGGUUUCCAAGGCAACUAAAGAAUGGGUUCUUUUCCUUGGAUGUUAAUUUACCCCUGAUUUGAUUAGAUAAAUCAAAAUGUAGAAUCUUGUUCCCCCAAAUUUUUGCAAGAAAGUUAUGAAUAAUUCAAAUUUUAACAAUAUGUGUUUUCUUUGUUUGGAGCCAGAAGGGUGUUAAUUGUGUGUUUAAAAUAAAUACCCUUCUCCCUCUGGGCAGCCUUAACUACACACUUAAUUUCAGAAUAUCUUCCUAAACUCACCUGCUAUUCUUUCAGACAUAAAAGUUUUAAAUUGGUUUAUUUGAGUAGGGUUGGAUAACUCUGGCAACAAGAUUUACAUUUCCAGGGCUCCUGCCAGACUGGUUAUUAACUUGCAUUAUCGCUGCAAAAUUUGUGAAAUCUGGAAUACCGUAAUCCUGCUUUAGAAUUAUAAGAAGUAGUAUUGGCGUACCUGACCUAGAUGUACCUGUUUACUGGUUAUGAAUGUUUUGUCCCUGCGUGCAGGUGUUUUUUACCUUCUCCACUUGUUUUUUUUUUUUUGGGGGGGGUUUAUUUUUCAGUCAUUGAUCAAAUACAUUUAAUGUAAUAGCAGGAAAUAGUGUUGUUUUUAACAAUAUCUUGUUUUAUUAAAAUCGAAAGUGUGUCACGCAGCUGAGAGGGGCUUAGUUGUGAAUACAAGAGGGACAAAAUACUGAAACUGUAAAAAAGGCUGCCAGUAUAUGCCAUGAAUUAUUGAAGUGUUAGCAUUCUAUUUUAGUUCCUACACCUGUACAUCUAGAUCAAUGCAGAACCUUUCCGUCCAUUAUUGUACUACAUACGUCAUGGGUAGUCUCAGUGGUCUGUGAUUCAAAGAGCUCAGUUUUCAGAUUAAGUCUAUUAUUGUCUUGAUGGCUGUGAUAAGUAUUCAGUGUAUACUACGUGGGUAAAAUAUCAAGGUUUUCUUGAAUUUCUUCAGAAAAUGCAUCAAAAGCAAGCUCACCAGCUCCCUUUAAAUAUACUUUAAUGUUGAACACGAAUUGUGAAAUGAAUCUAUGAUGGCCUGAGGGCAAACUGUCGUGCAACGUAUCGCAAAUUAAAUUAACUUGAUGGAAAUUGCUUUCCGGGUAAUUUACACAAAAUGAACGAAUGUAAAGAGUAAAGGUAGAAAGUAGAAUGUAGGUCCAGUGACUGAAAAUUUACAUAUUGCAGGUAACAUUGAGCUCAACACGUUAAGUAUAUUUGUAUUCUAAGAAGUAUAUCAGUGGUAUUAGAAGCCUCAUAAUUAUAUAGGGCAUGCAUAUAUGAUGAGGAGUAUACGUCAAAGCUGGCGGCCUUGUUUCUCACCUGAACCUACGACAGCCUGUAGCAUGGUAUUUCUUGCCAGAUUUACGUUCUAAAAAGCCUCACAGGAAAUCUCUGGAUUUCUUUUUAAAAUGUCAGAAUAGAUCAGGGUGUUGAUGACAUCUGAGAUUGAACGGAAUAACCUAACUCUGUGCCUGGUUCAUGUAGACGCUCAAAGUACAUGUUAUAGAUAGUAUAAACUAAUAGGGAUCCCAACUUCUCCUGAGAGACAAUUAAAAUGAUAUGAGUUUUAAAUGGUAUGACUUGAAGCAGAUAUUCUGAAUAUACAGUACAAGUAUAACAUGGAAUAGAAUGUUUACUUGUCCUUUUAAUAGGGAUGAAAUGUUUGAUACCUUUUGCUACCAAGCAGCGCAGUAAUAAAAAGCAAAAUAAAGACAUAAUUACUAUCAUUUGCAGCCUCCUAGGCAUGUAAACAGUGAAUUGAUAAAUACCUAACGGUAGUUGGAAAUAUAUUUAACAUUACUACU